AUGAACACAAUUAAUCUCUUGGAUAAGUUAGGACUCCCAAUGAAGAUCGGUCUAGAUGGUCAGGACUUGCUUUAUCAGAAGAAAACCAUAAUGGAGGCUUACCUCUCUGCAUCCUCGUUGGAGUUUAACAGACAGCUCUUUGGAAUUGAUAAUUCUACUGAAAAGAUGAGCUUGCUUUUUAGAAAAGAGAAUAUAGUUCCAGAGGACACCCUCAGUCCUGAUUUUGACUUAUUUCAGCGCUUCACUCCAGAGAUUGAUUCCUCUAUGAAAAUGCCGAACUUUAGUGAUCUUACGCCAGUUUUUAACUUAUCUAAGUCUGCUGAUGUAAAGCCUCUGGCUCAAAUCAGUCUAAAAGGAGCCAGUCAGGAGGACACAGAGCUAGACUCAUACACUAAGAUCCAGAACAAGUAUGAAGAAGAGAAGAAGCAGAAGUCUAAAAGAGGCAAAAAAAAAGUUGACAAGAAUAAUAUAGAAGAGUUUGUAGCUGAAGAAAGAAGAAGAUUACUAAAGAAGCUCGAAACUGGAGAGAACAGAAUUAUUUUCAAGAGAAGAGUUAAAAAUAUUAAGAAGGAUCCCAAGAUUAGUGCUUAUAAUUACAGAGGAUCCAAAUAUUGGGGAGUCUCCAAGAAUAAAUCUAAAGGGCAAGUGAUGAUUACUCUCAACCACUUUAAAGAGUACCAAGGUGGCUUUGAAUCCGAAGAAGCUGCUGCAAGGAUGUAUGAUAAGAAAAGCAUCUGCACUUUUGGCUUGAAAGCUAAAAUUAACUUCGAUUAUACUAGAGAUGAAGUUCUUAGCAUACUUUCCGAAGAUGAAUCUAUCAUCAUGUAA